AUGUCUUCGAGGUAUGAGCAUUUGACUAAGAUUAGUUCCAGGAUAUUGGAGAGAUUGAAUCCUCCUAAGAGUAUGAAACAAAGAUCUGAAAAGCUUCGUAAACUCUCGUUACCUGAGUUUUUAAGUGUAGGUGUCUCUCCUGUUGAAAAAUCUGAAAUGUAUAAAACUGAAAAAGAUUGGAAAUUUCUUCCCGGCGAUCGUGUUGUUCUGUUAAAAGGGAGUAAGAAAGGUUCCAUCUGCUAUAUCAAAUCCCAAGAACGUUCUUCCAAUGGUUAUAUUUUAGAUGACAAUGGACCGAGUAAGAGUGUGCCAAUUCCUAAAGAAUUUUGGGUGGCUGGCCAAAAGUCUCAUAUGCUGAACGUACCAGUUCCCGUGAAACAGAGUGAGAUUAAACUAGUUGCUGAUAUCGAUGAUCCAGCUAACCCGGGGGCUACAAAGACAGUAGCUGUUAGGGAUGUGGUCUUUAAAGGCAAUUACUAUGAUGAAAAUUACAAGAAAGUAUUACCUUAUAGACAAGUUUCUGGUAUGCCAGAUUUAAUUAUUCCAUGGCCAAAACCAGAAGCAUCGAAAACCAAUUCUUCAUUGGGCACAAGUCCAGAAGUUGCUAGGGAGCAAACAUUUUGGGUUGAUUCAAUCGUUAAGAACACUAUCCCAGUGAAUGCUUUUUUGACUAUUCGUAACCCAUAUUCUAAAUAUAGAAGAGGAACUUUGACUAGUAAAGAUAUUGCAAGAUUAGUUGCUCCUAAAAUGCCUCUAACGGAAAGUAAGAAGGAAUACAUUAGGGAUAGACAGAAAUUGUCUCAAAUUAGAAGACCUAAGUUAACAGAUGCCGAAAAAGAACAAAUUGGUGAAACCAUCUUAAAACAUAUCUCUAGUUGA